UUCUGCAAUAUGACUACAGUGCCAGCUGUCAUACUAAGCUUAACAUUGCUUAGCUCUGUGUGUGAUGGAGUGAAGACUUUUCCACCAGGGUUUAAGUUUGGAGCCGCUACUUCUUCUUACCAAGUCGAGGGCGCAUGGGAUUCCGAUGGCAAAGGCGAAAGUAUUUGGGAUCGCUUCGUCCAUAAAUUUCCUGAAGCUAUAUUUGACAACUCGACGGGGGACGUAGCUGCCGAGUCAUAUAAAAAAUGGAAAGAAGACAUCAGAAUAGCUUCGGACCUGGGACUGCAGUUUUAUAGGUUUUCAAUUAGUUGGCCUCGAAUAUUCCCCACUGGUUUUACAAACAAACCUAAUGAAGCUGGGAUCAAAUAUUAUAGUGAUUUGAUUGAUGCAUUAUUAGAUGUUGGUAUAGAGCCAAUUAUCACUCUAUACCAUUGGGAGUUGCCAGUUGUCAUACAGGAUCUGGGAGGAUGGGCAAAUCCUUAUAUAUCAGACUGGUUCGCGGACUAUGCCAUACAGGUGUUUUCUUUAUACGCUGAUAGAGUGAAAACAUGGUUAACAAUAAACGAGCCGUGGCUAAUCUGCGACGUUGGAUACGUGGACGGCACAUUUGCUCCAGGGAUAAAAGAGGAUCAACUGGGCCCCUACAUCUGUACUAAGAAUUUGUUAAUGGCCCACGCGAAGGCAUACCGGGUUUUUGAUCGAAUCUUCAGAAGUUUGUAUGGAGGCCGUAUAUCGAUAGCCAAUCAUUUGCUGUGGUUUGAGGCCGAGUCUCCAGAAAACGAGAACUUAGCUCAACUGACUAUGGAGUUUAUGGUGGGUCGUUAUUGUCACCCAAUAUUUUCGAAACGAGGUGGAUGGCCUCCGAACGUUGAGAAGCUGAUGAAGGAUCAUAGUGAGAAGAAGGGUUAUAGCAGGUCUCGCUUACCUGCCUUCACUGCUGCGGAGAGAAGGUUUGUCAGAGGUACGGCAGACUUCUUCGGUAUGAACUACUACCUAGGUCUAUCUGUGAGACAAGCUAAAACGGGCGAGAAAAUUGUGAAUCCGAUCAUGUCGGGAUCAAAUGAACUAAAUGCUGUGAUGGGGGUUCCACCUGAUGCUUAUAUAAGCGCCACUCGGGUGGUCUACCCCGUAGGACUUCGACGUUCACUGUCAUGGGUAAAGAAAUCUUACGGAAAUUGGGAAAUAUUUAUAACUGAAAAUGGCUACCCAACCGCCGGACUAGAGUUGGAAGAUUACGAUCGUGUUGUUGGAUUAAAAAACCAUUUGGAACAGAUACAUCUUUCAAUAUAUGAAGAUGGCGUUAAUGUUGUUGGCUAUACAAACUGGGCAUUAAUGGACAGGUAUUUUGCUAAUUUUCAUCUAACUUAA